CGUUACGUUUCUGUUCUCUCUCCAGUCCCCAUUUAUGUGCCGUUUCUCAUCGUCGGCUCCGUGUUCGUUGCCUUCAUCAUCCUGGGAUCCCUGGUAGCUGCGUGCUGUUGCAGAUGUCUCCGGCCAAAGCAGGAUCCCCAGCAGAGCCGAGCCCCAGGGGGCAACCGCCUGAUGGAGACCAUUCCCAUGAUCCCCAGCGCCAGCACGUCCCGGGGGUCAUCCUCUCGGCAAUCCAGCACAGCUGCCAGUUCCAGCUCCAGUGCGAACUCCGGGGCCCGGGCUCCCCCAACCAGGUCACAGACCAACUGCUGCUUGCCCGAGGGAACCAUGAACAAUGUGUACGUCAACAUGCCCACAAACUUCUCUGUCCUGAACUGUCAGCAGGCCACCCAGAUUGUCCCCCAUCAAGGGCAGUACCUGCACACCCCGUAUGUGGGGUAUGCGGUACAACAUGACUCUGUGCCCAUGACACCAGUGCCCCCAUUCAUGGAUGGCCUGCAGCCGGGCUACAGGCAGGUCCAGCCCUCCUUUGCCCACACUAACAGUGAACAGAAGAUGUACCCUGCUGUGACCGUAUAGCUCACAGGUCUGCACGAGCCGGUGGUGUUUUCAUCGGUGAUCUCCUGGAUGACUUCAUUUGUAGGAGAACGUCUCGAGAGCAGCCUCUGUGCACGCUUCCUGACUCACAAUGGAAAGACACAGCCCCUGGAGUCGCCACCUGUACCCUCAAGCAUGUGACAAAUGCUUGAGCCCCUAAGUGCCCUUGAGGUGCGGCUGCCGGAGCCAGAGCUUGUCUGUCGCCAUUGUUACCCUCUGUUUCGGCUGCACGAGAGAACACCUGUUACCUCCCCUUCACCUAGGCUGGUUUGUAAAUCAGUGUUCAAGGCUGAAAGGAGAUGUAAAUAAUAUAAUUAUUAUGAGAAGAAGCCGGUUUGAACUCGGACACUUGUCAACAGCCUCAGUCCUCCAGAGGCAUGUCUUAAUUUCAUUGUAAAAGAUACAAUUUGUCUAUUUUUAUGCUUUGGGGGAGCUAUUUUGUGCUAUUUUUUAAUUUGAUAACCGUGUGUAUAGAUCAUAUUACGAAGUGAUUUUCUAUGUUAAAGAGAUGAAAAAAACGAACGUAUCUAAAGAAGACAUUCAGAAUUCUGGGGGUGGGGUGGAUUUGUGCUUUUCGAUGGAGCCUUUUUAUUUCCUGGCUCUCCACUGGCACCUGAGAAGUAAUUUGAUGCUUUUGUAUUGAAAUCAUGAGCUGCCACCUGCUGUGUUCCAAGUUACUUCUGACUUUGCCAUGCGAUGUCGCCUGGGGCUCUGUUUUUUUCUGCCAGGUUUCUGAACCCCCUUGGGUAAGCAGUACCAAGGGCAAGGAAUUAUCGAUGUGUGGAUGAAAAUCAGUAAAAGAUGCAGAGAAAGGCACUGUGGAGAUGCUUGGUAUAGGUCUUCAGUCAUCAUGGGGACCCCAGACACGAAUCGCUUUGCAAAUCAGAAGGCUUUUUUUAUACUCUUGUUAUCAGAAUGGUCUAUUUUUCCAGCAGCAGGGGCUAGGAAAGCCAGAGCAAAGUUCUCCAAGGAGACACGACUCCUGGGUCUUCAGCAAACUCUGCAAUCACUGCCAAUGUUUUAAGUUAUCAAAUUCAAGUGAAUUUGUAUGCUGAUUACUUAUGGAAAAAAUUAAAUGUGUGUAAGUAAGUUUUCAACUGCUAGAAAAGCCAAAAUUUGUUCAAUAACUGUGAGGUUUGGUCUUCUGUAGGUCUGGCCACAGCAUCUGUUACCUGUCCGUCGUCUCAUGAUGACGGGAAUUGUGUGACGUUGUUGUUGGCAACUGGUAUCACCAGAGAUAGGAAUCAAAGAGUUUUCAUAGCCAAAGCAGGAGAAAAUCACUUUAAAUUUCUAAUAAAUAUUUUAUGGUGUGAA